AUGGCGGCCCCCGCCGCGCUGGGCGGCCCCGGGCCCCGGCCGGACCCGGUGGAGACGCUGCAGGAGGAGGCGAUCUGCGCCAUCUGCCUCGACUACUUCGCCGACCCGGUGUCCAUCGGCUGCGGACACAACUUCUGCCGCGGCUGCAUCUCCCGGCUCUGGGCCCGCGGCGGCGCCGAGCACCCCCCGGGCGGAUCCGAGGGCGGCUCCGAGCUGGAGGAGGAAGAGGAGGACGAGGACGAGCUGGAGGAAGACGAGCUGGACGUGGAGCAGGAGGAGGAGGAGGACGAGGCCGGCGUGGACGAGGAGGAAGACGAUGACAUGUGGGAGGAGGAGGAGGAGGAGGAGGAGGAAGCCGAGCUCUGGGAAGACCCCGCGGAGGACGAGGAGGAGGAGGAGGAGGAGGAAGGAGCCGCCGCGUGGGCUGGGGGCGCGCAGGGGGGGCUUUACUUCGGGGACGAGGACUACGACGAGGACGUGAUGGAGGAGGACGUGGAGGAGGAGGAGGAGGAGGAGGCCGAGGAGGAAGAGGAGGAGGAGGAGGACGAGGAGGGGCGGCCGCCGCCCGCGGCCCCGCGGCGCCCCGCCGUCUUCACCUGCCCGCAGUGCCGCAAGACGUUCCUGCAGCGCAGCUUCCGCCCCAACCUGCAGCUGGCCAACAUGGUGCAGAUCAUCCGGCAGCUGCACCCGCGGCCGCAGCGCCCCGCGGGGCCCGGGCCCGGCCCCGGCCCGGCCGCGCCGCCCCCGGGCCCCUCCGAGCUCUGCGAGAAGCACCAGGAGCCGCUGAAGCUUUUCUGCGAGGUGGACGAGGCGGCGAUCUGCGUGGUGUGCCGGGAGGCCCGCGGGCACAAACACCACAGCGUGGUGCCCCUCGACGAGGUGGUGCAGGACUGCAAGAACAAGCUCCAGAGCCACCUGGAGCCGCUCCGGAAGCAGCUGGACGCGGUGCUGAAGCAGAAAUCCAGCGAGGAGGAGAAGAUCUCCGUGCUGAGGGAGCAGAUGCAGGCGGAGAUGCAGGAGCUGGAGGCGGAUUUCGAGGUGCUGCACCGGUUCCUGGCCGGGGAGCAGGUGCUGCUGCUGCGGCAGCUGCAGGAGCGCCACGAGGCGCUGCUGGCGCGGCAGCGCCGCAACCUGGGAGCGCUGGAGGAGCGGAGCUCGGCGCUGCGGCGCCUCAUCGCCGACGCCGAGGCCGCCGGCCGCCAGGACGGGCUGCAGCUGCUCAAGGACAUCAAAGGCACCUUCAUCAGGUGUGAGAACAUCAAAUUCCAGGAGCCCGAGAUGGUGCCGGUGGAUGUGGGGAAGAAAUUCCGGAAUUGUUUCCUGCAGGAUGUGGUGAUGAGAAAGAUGGAAAAGGUCUUCAGCAAAGUGCCCCAAGCCGACGUCACCCUGGACCCCUCCACGGCCCACCCUCGGCUCAGCCUGUCCCUGGACCGGCGCAGCGUCCGUCUGUCCGAGCGGCGCCAGGAGCCCGCGGGCGGCGCCCGGCGCUCGGACGGCGACCUGUGCGUGCUGGGAGCGCCCGGCUUCAGCGCCGGACGCCACUACUGGGAGGUGGAGGUGGGCGGCCGGCGCGGCUGGGCCGUGGGCGCCGCCCGCGAGACGGCGCGGCACCGGCACGGCAAGGGCGCGGCGGCGGCGCCCAAGAGGGAGAUCUGGGCCGUGGGCACCAGCGGGAAGAAGUACCAGGCGCUGACGGCCACGGAGCAGACGGCGCUGGCGCCCGGGGAGCAGCCGCGGCGCUUCGGGGUCUACCUGGACUACGAGCGGGGCCAGCUGUGCUUCUACAACGCCGAGAGCAUGAGCCACAUCCACACCUUCCACAUCUGCUGCCGCGAGCGCGUCUUCCCCUUCUUCCGCAUCCUGGCCAAGGGCACCCGCAUCAAGAUCUGCACCUGACGGGCCCGGGCCUCGUCCCCGAGCUUCCUCCUCCUCCUCCUCCUCCUCGUCCUCCUCGUGCCCCUGCCGCUGCUGCUCCGCCCGCGCCGCGCGGAGCUGGGUCAGCUCGGGAUGGGGCUUUGGGGCUGGGAUGGGGCAGGAUCCACCGUGGAACUGGGUUUGGGUAGGGAAUUCCAAGGCGGAACUCGCCCUGGAACUGAGUUUGGUGUUGGGAUGGGGCUGGGUCUGCCCUCUUGGAACUGGUUCUGGGUUGGAUUGGGCAAGGUCUGCCCCUUUGGAAUUGAUUUUGGGUUGAAAGGGGCAGGAUCUGUCCCUUUGGAAUUGAUUUUGGGUUGAAAGGGGCAGGAUCUGUCCCUUUGGAAUUGAUUUUGGGUUGAAAGGGGCAGGAUCUGUCCCUUUGGAAUUGAUUUUGGGUUGAAAGGGGCAGGAUCUGUCCCUUUGGAAUUGAUUUUGGGUUGAAAGGGGUAAGAUCUGCCCUCUUGGAACUGGCUUUGGAUUGAACUGGGGCAGGGUCUCCCCCUUUGGAAUUGAUUUUGGGUGAAUGGAGUAAGAUCUCCUCCUUUGGAAUUGAUUUUGGGCUGAAUUAAGGCAGGAUCUGCCGCCUUGGAACCGGUUUUGGGUUGAAUUGGGGUAGGACCCGCCCCUCUGGAGGUGGUUUGAGUUUGGAAUCGGGAUGGAUUCCCCUUGGAUCUGCUUCCCACUUCAGUUCCUGGUGCUGGGAGCUGCUCCCUCCCUCUUCCAGUCGUGUCCCAGUUGAAUUUUGGGCCCUUCCCGGACUGCCGGGAGUUUUUCUGCGUUUGGGGCCAAAUCCUCUCGGAGUUGAAACUCCCUCCUUUCCCAAAAUCCGCAUUUCUCAGUGCCUGGAUUUUUUGGGAUUCGCCUGAGACCCCCCCGGCCCCGAUGUUCCUGUUCCUCCCGUUGUUCUCCUGCUCCUCCCCUCCUUUUCCUUGCCAUUUUUGGGGGAAAAUCCCGGAUUUUCCUCUCCCCUCUGGCACUUUACGGGGCCGGGAGGAGCCAUUUCCCCCCCGCAGCUCCGGAGCUCCCCGAGUUGGGGAUAUUUAUUUUUUCCCCCCUUUUUAUUUCCAGCCGGACCCUGUCCCACUCGGGAGCUCCCCCCUGGCCCCUCCCUCACGUUUCCCUGGAUUUUGGUGGAUUUGGGAAAUUUCCUGUUGGCGUUACAGAGCUCGUUCGGGAUAUUUUUGGCUAAAAUGAGAAUUAAAUGGAGAUUUAGUUUUAUGACAUGUCAAUAAUAAAGAAUAAAGACGUUGUA